AUGGCAGCCAAGAAGAAUACUGAUACCAAUUGGACAGAGAUAAAAAAUGAAUACAUUACUGAACGCACAUCAUAUCGUAAAUUGGCUGCGAAGUAUAAUUUACCUUUCCAUACAAUUCAACAAAGAGCUUUGAAAGAUAAAUGGGUAGAGCAAAAAAAACAGUAUAUUGACAGAAUAGAGUCAAAAAGCCUUGAAAAUGCAGAGAAACAAGCAGUUGACUACAGGUCUGCAUUAUAUGAACUUGCAUUCAAUGUAGCACAGGAUCUUGCGAAUUUGACACGGUCUUACACACUUGAACAGCUUGUUGCACUUGGAGUAAAACCAAAGGAUAUAACAGGAGCUAUCAAGGAUCUUGAAGAUGCACUUCAUGUAAAGAGUGACAGAGACAUUCAGGAACAGGAAGCAAGGAUAAAGAAUUUAAGGAAACAGGCAGAAGCUGAAGCAGAAGAUAAAGAAAUAAAAGUCAUUAUCAAAGGAUCUGCGGAGGAUUAUUCAGACGAUUCCGAUGUAUACAAGUUCCAUACCGAGAAAUACGGAAUAGCAGCACAAUUUGUUUUUCGUUUGCCGGAUGGAACUGUGUCGGAUCGUGAAGCAACGAUUGUAGACAACAGAAUAACAAUUGAUAUUCCGAGACAGGCUACAAGUCAAUUAGGUAUUGUUGAAUGCGAAUGUAAGAUAUAUGCAGUUGAUGAGGAAAAGCAGAUAAGAGUUCUCACAUCUGCGAGAUUUAAUCUUUAUAUUUCGGAUGUCAUUUUGGAUGAGGAUACGCAGAACAGGAUCACGGAUGAGCCUACGAUGUACGAAAAGGCAAUUGCAAAGGGUAUAGCUGAAGGAACGAUAUCCACAGCAGAUGCGAAAAGAAAAAAUUCGCAGAUCUGUACUGCACAGAUAGUUGAUGUUGCGAGAAGUUAUUAUCGCAAGAGAGGUUCUGCCGAGACAGGUUAUAACUUUGUGUACGGUCAGGAUGAAACAUGCCUUGACGAUGGAUUUGAUCCUGCGACAGGAAAUGAUAUUGACUGCUCUACAUUUAUAGGAUUGUGCUUGAGAGGUAUUCCGCUUGAAAAAAGUCCUUAUGAAUCACUAUAUAAUAAGGCUGAUAUUCCUGAAGAAACAGAUGGCGGUGACGGUGGUACUUCGGAUUCUAACUCCGAAGAAGGCGAGAAGUUCUCACCGAGAACUGUGCUUGCAAAUAAGAAUGAUUAUGCUUGGGCAACAAAUCCUGCUGAAUACAUGUAUCCUUCCGAAACAUCAAAAAAGAAGGUUGUAAGAACAGCAGCUCAACUUGGUCAGAUGAUGGUUGAGCAAGGUUUGAAGAUAGAUUAUGACGAGACCUUUAUUGAUGUUGAGCCCGGUGACAUCAUCUUCUAUGCGAAGAAUAAAAACGGUGAAUGGGUACAGCCGAAGAGAUAUAUGAAGAUAUCUCAUGUAUCUAUUUGCGUAAACAAGAUAUAUAACGAGAACUUCGACAUCACAAAGACUUAUACGGUAGGCAAUUACUGUUAUUUGUAUGCUGAUGCUGACAAGGGAAUAACAGAAGGUCUGUAUAGGUGCAUCACGGAUCAUACAGGUAAAUUUAAUCCUGAUCAUUUUGAGUAUAUCGGUCUUCAUCGAUACAGACAUCCAACUAUAGAAGCAUCGACAGGCGAUCCUGUUCUUUAUAAUAGAACAUUAGAACGCAACAAGGACUAUAUAUGUCUUAUAUGCAGACCUGAUUUAGGGGCAGUUUCAAACGCAGAAUGGACAGGUAAUCUUGUUACGGAUCUUGGCAUAACUAACAUAGAUAAUCUUCACAGAGACGGAUUAUAUUAUCUUACAUCGAAUGUUACAGGCGGUCUUCCUGUGUGGAUCAGGAAUACAUUGAAUGACCAAAAAAACAAAGGCACAGGAUAUGCAUUGAGAGUUGAAUCGACAUACCGUCAAAACGGCAAUGUAUAUUCAAUUAUACAGACACUUAUUGAUACAAGACAUGAUAAUGAGAUGUCUAAUAUUAUGACCGCAAACGGACUUGGUAUCCUUGAAUUCAAUGACAAUACGAAAGAUUGGUAUGUAAAUGAUAAUGUGAAACAUGUGUUUACUCCUGAGCAAUUUGGUGCUGUUGCAGACGGAGUGACUGAUGAUACGCAAGCCUUCAAUGAUAUGUUUAAUAACAUAUCUGAUUAUGCCUUGGUUUAUCUUACCGGCAAAUAUAAAUUAACAAAUAAUAUAGAUGUUGCUAAGGCAGUUAAUAUUAUCGGUAAUGACGGAGCUGUAUUAUACUGUCAAAGAAUCAGAUUUAAGAAGAGUGUUUAUUGCAAAAAUGUGACUUUCAAUGCAGAAGACAAUACAAAUGAUUCGAUGGAGUGUUGUCGUUUGUGA